AUGCAGUCAGGCUUAGAAGACCAGAACAGGACAUGCAUAAAGGCUGAUGAUAAGGAAGAAAACAUUGGCAUUGAGCUAUCGAAUGAGUCUGAGAGUGGUAUUGUGGAAGAAGAUAUACAGUCCUGUGGAAGAUUGAUCGAACUGAUAGAUGCUCAAUACAAUGUAGAAGAUGAUUCGCACUGUAGUAAGACCAAGAAAAGUGGCCGUGUUACAGAUAUCUACAUGGAGCAGGAAAAGGCAGUGCUUGAAACUUUCAGAGACUAUCUCCACAAGUACAUCAAGUUUGGAUUCAUUAAAGGUCAGGUUCAUUCAACAAGCGGGAAGCCAAACCAUAACUAA